AUGUAUGCGUGGAAUAAUUUCUUUGUGAUCUGGAUAUUCUUAGCAAGUACCUCGAGCACAGCGGACUUGGACACAUCAGAUCCAGAAUUUUUCCAGGAAGACAGAUGGACGCACCGCAAUGUGAAGGAACCUCCCAACGAAGGAUCAUCCUGUCUCCAAACGCAUCCGACAAACAGAGAUAUCAUUAAAAGAUUUCACGCUAUUCUUCCUUUUUUCGACAAGGAUCAUUCGAAUACGGAGUUCCUGCACAAGUACCGUGCGUCAGUCUAUGCAAUGUCAGAUGGAGAAGAUCUGUUGGACCGAGAGGCUGCCUUCUAUGCAGCGGUGCUUACUCCUCUAGUGUUCCUGCAGAACUACAGAGAUGCCUGGUGUCUGUUACAGCGAUUCCACCGCGCGAUACGACUGUACCAAAUAUCGCAUCCAACCGAGAAGCGUUCGGCACUAAAGUUGUUGCAAAACUUCAGGGCUGUAAAUCAUAAGGUUAGGACUUUCGUAUGGGAGCUGCCGGGACCGGCCUCAGCUUCACGGACAACCACAGAAGUAGCUGACUUUGACAGCGAAGAGUUUCACGACAAGAAAGAUAUACGUUACUUGAAAGAACUUAUAAAAAACCUUGGCUAAUUACAUUACACUGCACUUUUAAUAUAUAUUUUUUAGUAUUGUUUUUAUUUUAUAAAA